ACAAAUGCACACGCACAUCAGUGCAGCAUCACAUUCCGCGCCUCACUGCAGUAAAAACCGUGCCAUCCACCUACAGCACACACCCAUUGCCUGUCCGCUCUUCAUUUUUUGCCCCGUCAACGCGCUAGGACUAGGAGUAGCUGUAUGCGCGUUUUCGUCAUAAUAAAGCAGAAAAGAAAUAAGGGAACGACUUUCUUGCUUGAACCAGAGGAGCUUUUCUGCAUUUAGUCAUUCUAAAAAGGUGUCACCUUUGGAAACAUGGGCCUUGAAAGCCAGGACCCCCUGCCUACUCCCGCCAAACUCACCUCUGGACAGGUGGGGUCCUUACAGAAGUUGGAGCCUAAAACCUUGGGGGCCGUCCAGAUCAUCAUCGGGUGUCUUGUCCUCUGUCUGAGUGCCUCUGUGCUGCAGCUUCAUGAGAUCCACUUUACGGGUGAUGUCGCUCUCCUUUUGAUUGUCGUUUUACAGCUCAUCCUCUCUGGUUCGGUCCUCGUCCAUGUGGGCAGGAAGCCUUCUCUCUUUUGGGUGAAAUGUACGCUGGUGUUGCACUUGAUUAGUGCUGCCUUGUCCACGGGUGCUCUGGGCCUGAUGUCCAAACACCUACCUUACCGUCAGGACUCCUACCACUGUGAACACUGCCGAAGACUGGAGCUGCAUGCUGUGCAACAUUGUUUCAGGAAAUGCACUGGGCUGAUCGAACAAAAAUGUAAACUCCUGAUUGAUGGCAUCAUAGGUACCCUGGUUAUCUUUCUUAUUCUGGAGCUGGUGAUCUGCAUCACAGCCAUGCUGUUUGGGCUUAGUGUGCUAGCCUCAAAUGGUGGAACGCAGUCAUCCGGAGGAACUCAGCGUCCAGCCUAUCCUCAGACUCGCCCCCCUGCGGACCCCCCUGCUGUUCAGGGUACAGCAUCUCAGGUGGCGGUUGUUGUCACUGAGCCAGAUUCGGACCAAGUCGAGGAGAUCCCCACUCCCCCUACUGAACCCCAGGUGGAGCCCAUCGAGGUGGCAGAGCCCUAAACAAGACCUCCACUCCAGCCACUGAGAGGUGGUGGGUGGGGGGGAAUAUCUGGUGUAAAGUUUAUGGGAUGUUGGGGGUGGAUUAUGGGUCACAGGUCUGAAUUCCAAAUUGAGCCCUGGCCCGUACUUCCCUUGGCACUUCUGUCGACCUCAGAUGAUUAGAUAGGUGGUUAACAUUCUACACUGCCAAUGGAGAGGCAUAGUUACCGUUUAGACUUAUUACAACCAAUAUCGGUCUUCAGGUAUGCCAAGAGGCCAAGGGUUAUUUGUGAAUUCAGCUCUUGAUAGAGAAAUGUGUCGUGACCAGCAGGUUAAAGACCCAUAAAUUACAAAACUGUUUUGCCCUAAACAGAGGCACUCAAACCCGUAUUGCCUCAGUAAUUAUUAAGCUAUAGAAAUGUAAAUAAAAUGUCAAUUCGAAACAAAUGUUAGGUUUUGGUUGGGUGGCCAAGAGACAUAAAUGGUUGGAUGAAGAUUAUAGUGGAAGGCAUAACUAUGUUUUGUUUAAGCCCAACACUAACACCUGUUUCUAAAUAUGUGUUUUCAGUGUCUCAGUUUCUAACACAUUCACUGCAUGGAUUGAAGUGUGCUUUUGAGGGACUAACUGACAUUCCAGUAGAGAAGCUCCCAAAAAGACAAUUGUUGAACAGAAGCCAACAUACUGUAUUGCCAUUUUAGGAAAGUAUUUCAUACUCACAGGGCCGGUUCUAAAGUAGGCAUAAGCAAAAUCAGCGGUUGCUUAGGGCCCCGGACCGCAAAUUACAUUUUGCUAAGGGCCCCCAAAAAGCUAAAACUGGCCCUACAUAUUCAUCAUAAGAAACUUGCCACAUUGUUUGGCUUUUAAAAGAAAAUCUCCUUUAUUAUGAAUAUUUUAUUUUAACUAUGUUCACGUAUAUUUUGUAUUUUUAAUUAUGCCCCAGUAUAUCAAACAAAAAAAAUAAUUCUCAAAACAGUAAGAAAGUUUUGGAUUGCCCUAAUAUGAUACACUUCAUUUUACAUGUAGCCAAAAGCUAAUUGACAUUGCUGUUCUACUAUUUUGAGCCAUUCUACCCCUCAUUGACCACUGAACUAACUUUUGCUCUUUCUCCUUUUGCGGCAUUACUGCACUUAACACAACCAUCUACCUUUUAAAUUGUAAAACAAAUAAAUAGAAAUAGUCUCUGCCCUCGGUAGAGGGCAGCAUUAGUAAAUGUAUUAAUGUUAUUAAGGUCUGGUUUGCUGUACAUGGACAAUGUGAUUGAACGUGCUGUUGAUAUGGUUUAUUCUGUAAACAUUCUGUAUACUUGCAGUAAAGUAUUUCAGAGUA